CCCUCCCGGAGCCGGCAGGGCGCGCGCUGAGCUCCGGCGGGAGGCUCGUGGAGGAUCGGGCAGCAGGAGGAGCGUGUGAGCUGUGGGCGUCCCUUUAAGAGCUGCCGGCCGACCGGCCUCCGCCUCUCAGUCCUCCGAGUGCCGGCGGUCACCGGUCACCUGGGGCUCGCAGGGCAGUCAGAUCGCGGCGGGGCAGGUGCUCUCGCCCUCGGCGGUGGGAGAAGGGGCACCGACGCCAGGUGCAGGAGCGGUCUGGAGAGCGCGGCCGUCCCGCGUCUCUCCGAGGCGGAGGAUGCGGGAGCGCAUCUGGGGCGCUCUGCCGCCGCUGCUGCUGCUACCGCUGCUACCGCCGCCGCUGUGGGGCGGCCCCCCGGAUAGUCGCGCCCGGAGCUGGAGCCCGAGCCAGGGCCCUCUGCAGCCCUACGACCUGCUCUAUGCCAGCGGCGUGGCCGCCUACUACAGCGGGGACUACGAGCUGGCCGUGCGCGACUUGGAAGCGGCGCUGCGCAGCCACCGGCGCCUGCGGCAGAUCCGCGCGCGUUGUGCCCGCCACUGCGCCGCGCGCCGCCCGCUCGCCCCCCCGGCGCCGGGGCCGGGGGCAGAGCUGCCCUUCUUCCGCGCGGUGCUGGAGCGGGCCCGCUGCUACAGCCGCUGCGAGACCCAGCGCCUCGGGGGCCCCGCGUCCCGCCACCAGGUCAGCGAGGAUGUGCGCAGCGACUUCCAGCGCCGAGUGCCCUACAACUACCUGCAGCGAGCCUACAUCAAGCUUAACCAGUUGGAAAAAGCAGUGGAAGCAGGGCACACAUUUUUCAUGGCCAAUCCUGAGCACAUGGAAAUGCAGCAGAACAUUGAGAAUUACAGAACAAUGGCCGGCGUCGAAGAAUCCCAAUUGGUAGAUCGAGAAGCCAGACCACACCUGGAGAGUUACAGCGCAGGAGUCAAACAUUACGAGGCGGAUGACUUUGAGCCAGCUAUCAAGUACUUUGAACAAGCUUUGAGAGAAUAUUUCAAUGAAGAUACAGAGUGUCGAGCCCUGUGUGAGGGGCCUCAGAGAUUUGAAGAGUAUGAUUAUUUAAGGUAUAAAGCUGGUCUCUAUGAAGCUAUUGCAGAUCACUACGUGCAGGUGCUUGUUUGUCAGCAUGAGUGCGUGAGGGAACUUGCCACCCGCCCUGGCCGCCUCUCCCCGAUUGAGAACUUUCUUCCCCUGCAUUAUGACUACCUACAGUUUGCCUACUAUCGAGUUGGUGAAUAUGUGAAAGCCCUAGAGUGUGCCAAGGCCUAUCUUCUUCUCCAUCCGGAUGACCAGGAUGUCCUAGACAAUGUGGAUUACUAUGAGAGCCUGCUGGAUGACAGCAUGGACCUGGCAUCCAUCGAGGCCCGAGAGGAUUUGGCUGUGUUUGUGAAGCGUCAUAAACUGGAAUCAGAACUAAUAAAAUCGGCUGCAGAGGGCCUGGGGUUUUCAUACACUGAACCGAACUAUUGGAUUCGAUAUGGAGGACGACAGGAUGAGAAUCGGGUCCCUUCAGGAGUGAACGUGGAAGGAGCAGAAGUUCAUGGAUUGUCAUCAGGGAAAAAAACAUCACCCAAGAUAGACCGAGACCUAAGAGAGGGUGGCCCUCUGAUCUACGAGAACAUCACCUUCGUCUACAACUCAGAGCAGCUGAACGGGACUCAGCGGGUUCUCCUGGAUAACGUCCUGUCGGAAGAUCAGUGCCGGGAGCUGCACAGCGUGGCCAGUGGAAUCAUGAUUGUUGGUGAUGGAUACAGAGGAAAAACUUCACCUCAUACACCCAAUGAAAAGUUUGAAGGCGCAACUGUCCUGAAAGCACUCAAAUUUGGUUAUGAAGGCCGAGUCCCACUGAAGAGCGCACGCCUGUUUUAUGACAUCAGCGAGAAGGCUCGAAAGAUUGUAGAAUCCUAUUUCAUGCUGAACUCAACCCUGUAUUUUUCCUAUACGCACAUGGUCUGCCGAACAGCCCUGUCUGGUCAACAGGAUAGAAGAAAUGACCUCAGUCAUCCCAUCCAUGCUGACAACUGCUUGUUGGAUCCAGAGGCCAAUGAAUGUUGGAAGGAGCCUCCUGCUUACACAUUCCGGGAUUAUAGUGCUCUGCUAUACAUGAAUGACGACUUUGAAGGAGGAGAAUUCAUAUUCACUGAAAUGGAUGCCAAGACUGUGACUGCUUCUAUCAAACCAAAGUGUGGACGGAUGAUCAGCUUCUCAUCUGGAGGGGAGAACCCGCACGGGGUGAAGGCAGUCACCAAGGGCCAGAGGUGUGCUGUGGCUCUGUGGUUUACCUUGGACCCAAUUUAUAGAGAAUUGGAGCGGAUAAAAGCCGACGAAGUGAUCGCAAUCCUGGAUCAAGAACAACAAGGGAAACACGAACUGAACAUCAACCCAAAAGAUGAGCUAUAAAAAUGAGAAAGAGUGUUCUAUCAGAUAUUUAUUUAAAUUGUUAAUAAUCUUAUGAGAACCUUUUUAUUUUUGUACAGAGCCAUGGUAUAAAUUAACAGGUUAAUACGAGUCAUCAGAUCUCCCUUCUGUUCCUAAGGAUGUUUGCUUUGCCUCACUCAGUCUGUCUGUCUGUCUUGGUUUUUUCAUCAGUUCAUCUCUCAAUGCCCAGUCAUCUCCCCCCCACCCCCAACACACACACACAUGCACUUCAUUGGCUGCAGAUACAAGAGCUAAAGCAGAAAGAGUAAGUCCUUUUGGGGUACACUGUGUGUGAUGUAGUUCUAAAGCUAGUGUGUGUUGCCAUCUCAGAAGGCCUUUCUGGCUCUGAGCCUCUCAGCCACCUCCUCUCAUGGUGCUGAUGGCCAUGAGUUUGAGCCUGAGGUGCCUGGUGGUGGUGGCGUCUGCACUGCCUCACCUAUCACUGGCCGAGGGUCCCCAGGCUCUGAGAGAGAACCACUCUGAUAAGUACUGCGUGAGAUGGAGGGGCCCAACCUUUCCAAGGCCUUGGUGGUAUUUCCACCGAAGACAAACUUACACUGGAAGCUUCGAUCCGUCCUCCACAGUGCUCCAGAAAGGACGCCCUGGGAGUUGUGUUCUUCUGGAGGUUGCUUAGGGGUUUGAAAUAGAAUGUAUCUUCACCCCAGUGACUUUUAGAAGAAAAUCUUGAACCCCAUCUGAUUCUGGGCAUGUUGCCUGAGAGUGGAGUCCACGGGUGAGAAGGAGCAUGUUGAUCUUGAGAAAAAUGGAUUUCUAAUUGAUUCUAGUCUUCAUCUGCAUAGCAUGGUGGUCCCUCCUCUUUGCUACUGUCCAGCAUGUGGGCUUGUUCUUGUGACUGGUCGGUUUAAUAAAGGGAGCCUUAUUUUAA